AUGGAGGAAGAGCUGAAGUGCCCGGUGUGCGGCUCGCUGUUCCGGGAGCCCAUCAUCCUGCCUUGCUCCCACAACGUCUGCCUGCCGUGCGCUCGCACGAUCGCGAGCCCGGGAGGCGCCGCGGCGGGAGCCACCGGAGGCAGCGCGGCGCGAAAGUUCCCCACGUGCCCGGAACACGAAAUGGAGAACUACAGCAUGUACUGCGUGAGCUGCCGGACCCCCGUGUGCUUCCUGUGCCUGGAGGAGGGCCGGCACGGCAAGCACGAGGCCAAGCCCCUGGGGGCCGUGUGGAAGCAGCACAAGGCACAAUUAUCUCAGGCCUUGAAUGGAGUUUCUGACAAGGCGAAGGAAGCAAAGGAGUUUCUGGUCCAGCUCAGGAACAUCCUGCAGCAGAUCCAGGAAAACGGACUGGACUACGAAGCCUGCCUGGUGGCUCAGUGCGAUGCCCUGGUCGACGCUCUGACCCGGCAGAAAGCCAAGCUGCUCACCAAGGUGACUAAAGAGAGAGAGCACAAGCUGAAGAUGGUUUGGGACCAGAUCAACCACUGCACCUUGAAGCUGCGCCAGUCCACCGGGCUGAUGGAGUACUGCCUGGAGGUGAUCAAGGAGAACGACCCCUCCGGGUUCCUGCAGAUCUCGGACGCCCUGAUCAAGCGUGUCCAGGUGUCUCAAGAGCAGUGGGUCAAAGGUGCCCUGGAGCCGAAGGUGUCUGCAGAGUUCGAUCUGACCUUGGACAGCGAGCCGCUGCUGCAGGCCAUCCACCAGCUGGACUUCAUCCAGAUGAAAUGUAGGGUGCCGCCCACGCCGCUGCUGCAGCUGGAGAAGUGCUGCACCCGGAACAACAGCGUCACACUGGCCUGGCGGAUGCCACCCUUCACCCACAGCCCCGUGGAUGGCUACAUCCUGGAACUGGACGACGGCGCUGGGGGGCAGUUCCGGGAAGUGUACGUCGGCAAGGAGACCCUGUGCACCAUCGACGGGCUCCACUUCAACAGCACCUACAAUGCCAGGGUCAAAGCUUUCAACUCCUCCGGCGUCGGGCCUUACAGCAAGACGGUCGUCCUGCAGACGUCUGACGUGGCCUGGUUCACCUUUGACCCCAACUCUGGGCACCGGGACAUCAUCUUAUCCAACGACAACCAGACAGCCACCUGCAGCAGCUACGACGACCGGGUGGUGCUGGGCACGGCCGCUUUCUCCAGGGGCGUGCACUACUGGGAGCUGCACGUGGACCGCUACGACAACCACCCCGACCCUGCCUUCGGCGUGGCCAGGGCCAGCGUGGUCAAGGACAUGAUGCUGGGCAAGGAUGACAAGGCCUGGGCCAUGUACGUGGACAGCAACCGCAGCUGGUUCAUGCACUGCAACUCCCACACCAACAGGACGGAGGGCGGCGUGUACAAGGGUGCCACCGUGGGCGUGCUGUUGGACCUGAACCAGCACACGCUGACCUUCUUCAUCAACGGGCAGCAGCAGGGCCCCACGGCCUUCAGCCACGUGGACGGGGUCUUCAUGCCGGCACUCAGCCUCAAUCGCAAUGUGCAGGUCACACUGCACACGGGAUUGGAAGUGCCAACAAACCUGGGCCGGCCGAAGUCAUCAGGCAACUAGCCACCCAGCUCCGGCAGAGCCCCACCGUCCUCACUGAGCUCAGUCACCCACGAGGGCAGGAUGAGGUGCCCUGGGCACAGCCCAGCAGCCGCCGGAUGGAUAUUAAAGGGACGCAUGUGCUUGGGGUUGGCGAGGGCCUGCAGGCCGAGUCCUGGACUUCACCUCGUUCCAGCCAGGAGUUGCAAAUACCCAUGAAGAAGGACCUUCCUCAAGGGAGAGAGUUCUGGCUUUGUGUUUGUGUUCCCUGCAUCUGUUUUAGAAGCUUGUCCUUUUGUUGAGAGUGAGGAAGGAGGACUUUGAGAUGGGAGCGCCAAGGGUAGGAGUGGGGGCUGCAUGGCAUCCUGUGCCUCAUGGCCGCGGGUCUGCAGGAGUUGAGUUCCUCGACUUUGCUGGAGAACAGUACCGUGUACUUCUUGACCCCGAGUCUUCAGUAGCUCUGCCACUUGCAGACCUAUUUCAGGAGGGAUAGGGAGGGAGGCCCGUACUAAUGCUUGGUCUCUGCCUCCUUCAUCGAACUAAGAACCUUUAAAACUGAGAACCUUUAGGUCCAAUAGCCAACCCAUUGCAUGCUCUCUGUCUCUGUCUCUGUCUCUCUCACAUAUACAUGGUAGUCUAGUCUGCUAAAAUCCACUCGCUCCAUUCUUAGUCCUUAACACAGAAGAAAACACUGGAUUUGAAUGGACAUGUGACAGUCUUCACCUGGUGGUAGCUCUUUUCUGGAAGUUCACUGAGAGAGUACCUGAGUCUCUGGUCCAAGCAGUGCCACCUCAGGCUCAGAAGCACCAAGGACGAGAGUGGCAAGCCCCUUACAGUCCAUCCACACUUGGCUUUGUGGUCACCCGCUGUGCUGAGAGCAGCGUGGAUGCAGUAGCCGUCACGGUCUCUGGAGAAGGCGGGAGGAAGAGAGAUUGUCUUGUCACCCAGCGCCAGCCAGGUGUGCCACGUCCCACGUGCCAGAGCAGAUCCGUACGCAGUCCCCGCGUCCUUCCUGGAACACUAGCUCUCUCCCUUGAAAGCCACGGAGAGUCAGCCCCAGCUCACAGAGCCUGCCACCGUCCUGUGCCCAGAGGACCUUCCCUUCUGCUCCUGCCUCCCUGUCUCCUGCCUCCUCUAGCUCCGCCUGGUACUGCCCUUUCUCCCUCCUUUUGCAAAGAAUUCAUUCUCGCACGUGUUUUAUUCCAGAGGUCAAGGAGGAACCGUGUAUUUGCUGGACUGGAUUUUUCUAGCACUCGCCCACCGCCGGCACCCACUGUGCUUGCUCGGUUCUGCCUGUACCCAAGUGAUGGCGCCCGGCUGCACAGCCCGCGCCGUGUGCUCACAGACCCAGUGCUUCUACCUCAAAGCCCUGCUCUUGGCCCCAAGGCUGCUAGCCUGCUCUCUGCAAGUGUGGUGACAGAGGCUACAGGGGCUUCUUGGUGCUGUGUUCCAGCCUCGCUGGUAGCGGGAGCCACUAUUCGCCUGGAAGGCC